AUGGUUGGUCUGAAGAAUUGGUCUGUCUCGCUGGUUAUACUCUACCAGUUCUGUCAGAGAUGUAUCCCAUGUGGAAUUUCAACACAUGUUGAAAUAGGUGAGAAAACACACCUUCUCACCAGUAUGCAGUUCUGUGAGAAAUGGUGUUUCAUGUGCUUGGUGCUUGGUUUGGCACAUAGAGCUCUGCAAUUUUUCCAUAAGCAUGAAGGGAGUGUUAAUUAUAGACAGUUACUACUAAAUCACCAAGAUGCUUUUCAGGCUGGAAGCAUUUAUCCUGAUGCCUUUUAUCCUCCAAUCUGCAAACGUGGAGUGUUCCAUGAUGUGUCUGAAGAAACUCACUGGUCGCCAUUUCUCAAAGCAAGUAUUGACUACAUCAGAAGGAAUUAUCCUCAGCCAUGGGAAGAGGCUACAGAGAAGCUGGUGGCUUUCCUGUUUGGAAUUGCUUCACAUAUGGUGGCAGAUGUUAGCUGGCAUAGCCUGGGCAUCGAUCAAGGAUUUCUAAAGGCCAUGGGAGAAAUUGAUUUUCAUGGUUCAUACUCAGAAGCUCACAGUGCUGGAGAUUUUGGAGGAGACGUAGUGAGUCAGUUUGAGCUAGACUUCAGUUACCUGGCAUCGAGUUGGUAUGUACCUGUCAAAGACCUAGCUGCUAUCUAUAAGGAAUUUUAUGGAAAAGAGAUCAUAACAGAAAGCACAAUUGCUGAAUGUACUUAUCUGCUGUUUUUUGAACUGCAUGGAGAAAGGCUUCUUGUUGGCAAGCUUUUUCCAACAUUUGCUAGUAAAUCUCCAUUUCUGGUGGAGAAGUUCCACGAAUAUUUCCUUGGCGGAGUGGAUGACAUGGCAUUCUGGACCAACAACAUUUUUGAGCUGAUGAGCCAUAUGCUAGAGAAUGGAACCAGUGACUGCUACCUGCCUGAAAACCCUCUGUUCGUAAACUGCACAAAGGAGCACAAGGACAGCCACAUCAGAAACAAACAAUCAAAACAUGAACAUCAAAAGAAUACAACUUCUUUGCUUCCAGAAACACUUGAGAAGAAUAUAAACUAUACAGAGAGAGGAGUUCAAUUUGACAUACAGCCUUGGGCAACAAAAUCCCUCCGCUUGAUAAACCAUGCUUUUAAAACCAAUGUCUGGAGAGCAUUAGGAGCUACACAUCAGAAAUCUAAGCACAUCUCCAAGCCAGCAGCUUCAUAUUUUCUGACUUCACCCUAUGCUAGGCUUGGAUGGGCACUGAUCUCAACUGACCUAAACCAGGAUGGAUUUGAAGAUCUGGUGGCUGGAGCACCAGGGUACAGCACCAUGGGCCAUGUUCAGAUAGGAAGGGUGUAUGUGGUCUAUGGCAACCAGUCAGGUCUGCCACCAGAGGACAUGGAUCUAGAUAGCAAAGCUGACCAAGUACUACAGGGUCAUCAGCCUUCAGGAAGAUUUGGUUCUGCCUUGGCAGUCCUGGACUUCAAUGAGGAUGGAGUGCCAGAUCUGGCAAUUGGAGCACCUUCUGUGGGAUCUCAGUUUCUUACUUACAAAGGUGCUGUGUAUGUCUACUUUGGAAUUGAGGGAAGAGGCUUGGCUCCUCAGCCAAACGUUACUAUAACUUGUCAGUAUUCCUACUGUAAUCUUGGUUGGUCCCUCCUGGCAGCUGAUGUUGAUGGGAAUGGAAAUGCUGAUCUGGUUGUGGGCUCUCCAUAUGCACCCGGUGGUGGGAAGCAGAGAGGACUUGUGGUUGCAUUUUACUCUCAUCUCAACAGGAGUCACCAAGGACUUCUGUCAGUACAGGAUGCCAACUGGAUGGUGCAGGGGGAAGAAAACUAUGCUUGGUUUGGAUUUUCACUUGCCAGCUGCCAGCUGGAGAACGUGACAUUACUACUGAUUGGUAGCCCUACAUGGAAGACUUGUUCUAGCUGCAGUCCCCUCUUGCCGGAUGUCAGACAGAGUGUUGGGAAGGUGUACGGGUUUAACCCACCAAGUACGGAGCGCUGGUUUGAGAUAACUGGAGACAAGGAGAUGGGCAGAAUGGGUUUGUCUCUGGCCAGUGGUGUGCUGUCUGUGGCUGGGAACACAAGGAAAGUUUUGGUGGUGGGUGCACCUACUGCAGACAGCCUGUCUAGGAUUUUAUUUAUGUCCUCAGUGCUGCAUCAAGCUGGACUGGCUCUAGUAUAUGACCUGUCAAACAGCACCAAGCCUUCUCUGCUCAGCGCAUUCAGUGGGGACAGGAGGUUUUCUCGUUUUGGAGGAGACAUAUACUUAAGUGAUCUGGAUAGCGAUGGGCUAGAUGAAAUGAUUGUGGCAUCCCCACUGCGAACUAAUGGUGUCACCUCGAUCCUGUCUGGUGGGGCUGCUGGCCGUGUUUAUAUUUUCAAUGGCAGACAGGCAUCCUCAGGGAACGUGACAGGCCACUGCACAUCAUGGACAUCUCCUUGUCCUGAGGACUGGGCACAGUAUGUCCUCAUUUCUCCUGAGGAACGAUCAAGAUUUGGGAGUUCUGUUACCACUGUGAAAUCUGAAAAAAAGAAAGAAGUUGUAGUGGCAGCAGAGAGAAGUUCUGCGAAAGCUCGACUUGGUGGAAGGCUUUUUGUCUACUCGCUCUAG